AUGGCGGGCAGGCUGGCCGUGCUCGCCUGCGUCGUGCUCUUGUCGGCGGCGAUGGCGAACGGCAUCAGGACGGCGGGGGCUGUUGCCCCCAGCGCUCCUGGCCCUGCUGUCGCGACGACGCCGAGCGCUGCCGCUGAAGCUGUGCCUACGCCGCCGGUUGCCGCCGCGGCGGCCACGGUGUCUUCAGACCAGCAGCAGGCUCCCUUGGAUGAUCCGUACAAGGACAGCAAGAGGAAAGUGCCCAACGGGCCUGAUCCUAUCCAUAACAGGAGAGCCAGAUGGGGAGAAGCACCGGCGAGGAGAGUGUAGGGUGACGACGACGUACGUACAGAUUUCUCUCUGAAGGCUAAACAAACGGCGAGCGAGCAUACAUUGAUGUGGAAUGGAAGGUUCCCCAUCCAUCCAUGGCGGAGCAUGCGAUGCCUGAGCUCCAGGUAGCCAUGGUGGUGGUGGUCAUGAUGGUCGACGCCGACGACGACGCAAGUGAAGACACACUUAUAUGUAUGCAUGUAUUAGAGAGAGGGUGAGAAAGGAGAGACCGAGAUCACAAGGCCAUACGCAGGAGGAUGGUACGGUGGCUGAUCUUCACUUUGGCCAAAGUGAUCUCUGGAUCCUCUCUCGAUGAGGUUUUUGAUGUUCUUCUCUUUUCCCUCUUUUUCCUUCUUCCGGGGGUUAAUGGUGUUAAAAGGAGCACUAGUCCAACUCCAAGCACUCACUCACACAGAGAGCACGUAAAGCUCACACAACGCUCGAAUGAACAUUGAUGAACA